AUGUUCGUGGCGUGCAUGUCUCACGAGCUGAGGACACCGAUGACUGGGAUCAUCGGCAUGCUCGAUGCUUUGGCAGACAUGGCGCUCCAACCCCCUGACCUAUCAGACCUGCUCAUCGCGCGGGGGUGUGCGACGGAUACGCUGCAUCUGGUCAACCGCGUGUUGGAUCUGGCGAAGCUGGAGGCAGGAAGGGCGGUGGUGGAUGAGGCGGUGACCGAUGUGUGCCAGUGGCUGCAUGGCGCGUUGCACAGGCACGCGGAGGAGGCACGCUCGAAAGGGAUUGAAUUUUGCGACAGUGUUGACGACGACGUUCCCACUUACAUUAUCGCCGACUCGAUGCACCUCUCUAAAGUUCUGAAAGAAAUCACAGACAACGCAGUGAAGUUCACGGAUCAAGGCCAUGUGACAGUUCGGGUGUCGCUGGUGCCACUAGGGACAAGUUUGCAAGACGCCCUUCAUUGCCAGG